GCUGGUGAAGGAACUAGGCAACCAUGACAUUGUUCAAAUAGUGUGUGGGGACCAGCAUGCCAUGGCUCUAACCAGAGGAGGUGAGCUCUUCACGUGGGGCCAGAACGCCCAUGGACAGCUUGGAGUGGGGAGACAAGCCACACUCACCCCCCAACCACAGCUGGUGGAAAGACUAAAGGGCAUCCCACUUGCUCAGAUUGCUGCUGGAGGAGCUCACAGCGCUGCCGUGUCACUCUCUGGAGCUGUGUACUCCUGGGGGAAGAACAAUUUUGGACAACUGGGACUGGGAGACACAGAAGACAGGGACUGCCCAUCGUACAUCAGAGCGUUAGAGCACUGGAAGGCUGUAUUUAUCUCGUGUGGGGCAGAUCAUACUGCAGUUCUCUCCAAGGAGGGGUUGGUGUGCACCUUUGGAGCGGGAGGGGCUGGCCAGCUUGGUCACAACUCCACCCGGAAUGAGCUCAUGCCUCGUGUGGUGGCUGAGCUGUGGGGAGCAAGAGUUUCACAAGUUGCCUGUGGAAGACAGCACACCCUGGUCUAUGUCCCCUCCUUGGACAAAGUCUAUUCGUUUGGUUCUGGUGAAGAAGGGCAGCUGGAAGAUGAGAGAGAGCCUAACCAGUUGAUACCACUUCCCAUCAAGAUACCAGGGAAUACUGGAAAAUCCUGUCAGGAAAACAACACAUCACAAAAGGUGAUUGAAAUUACUGCAGGAGGAAACCGAAGUAUUGUCCUUUACAAGAAGGACCAG